GAGAGAGAGUGGAAACGCUCAUUAAUAAGAAUUUAAAGCAUGUGAAGAGAGGACAGCGAGCGAAGCAGCGAGCGUUUGCAGGACUGAGGGAGGAUGCGAAAGACAGAGAUGGAUGGGGAGGGGACGAGGGAGUCAGAAAAGGAGGUGAGAGUUGGACAGUUGAAGAGCAGCAUCACCGGUGAACUGUGCACGUAUUGAUCCACGGCAACCAGGUGGCUUGAAGAAGAAAAAAGACAGAAAAGGAAAUAGAAAAAGAGGAUUUGCUCUGUUCUGCUUCCCCGCUGCCGAUCGCUAAAUGUGUGAGAGCCCUCCAGCUGAGCGUCACAACACCACACAUCACACGCGAGAUGAACACAUUCAGUUUGCGAGAGAGGCGGUGGCGCUGCCAGCGAACAUCCUCCGCUACUUUCAGCAGCUGCCAGUUGUUGAGUUGAGAUUUAUCGGCUGUUUCGUGUGGACCAGAGGCAGCAUCAGAAGCACUUAUCAGGUAGUGUGUUUGCUGCUGCACAUCUGUGCUCGGAGACCAGCUUUUUAUGGAAUAUAGAGAAACGGCAGCAAAGAGUAUCUGAGGAUAUCUGAGUGCCGGAGAGUUUGCGAGCAUGUGUUGAAAUCUGGGAAAAGAAGAUUUAAAGAAAAGGCAGUUUUUUUCAACUCCCAGCUCUCGUACGACACCACCCAGAAAGGAGCACCAGGACUCGGGGAAGUCGAGGAGCCGGGAGACACGAUGUGGAUUAGGGGAUGAGUCCUAAAGAGGGAUGAGGUUGUGGAGGGUGAGAGGGCAAGAAUGGGCCGCCCCUGCCCUGUGCCACGUCCGGCUGCCUGCGCUGCUGCCUCCCCGUGACCAUGCAGGUCCUGCAGAUCGUCAAGGAGCUUGUGUCGCCGUCCAGACGCAGGGCAGCGGCUAGAUUUGGAGCGUCUGAUCAGGAUGCGGCGGUGAAACUUGACCAGGAGCGCGCUGAGAUAGUCGCCAAAUAUGACAAGGGAAAAGAGGCCGUCGUGGAGCCCUGGGAGGACACCAACUUCCACCUCUACAAAGUCGUCGACCGCUUCGGCUUUGUUCAUAAGAAUGAACUUCCAUCCUACGACUCAGUGGAGGAGAAGCAAAAACACGUGGAGGUGGAGAGGACCACCAAAUGGCUGAAGAUGCUGAAGAGCUGGGACAAAUACAAGAACAGUGAGAAGCUGGUGAGGAGGGUCUAUAAGGGAAUUCCCCUGCAGCUCCGAGGGGAGGUGUGGUGUCUGCUGCUCGAUAUCCCCAAAAUAAAGGAGGAGAAGAAAGACUUCUACGAGAAACUAAAGGCCAGAGCCAGAGGAAUCUCCCCCGACAUCCGUCAGAUUGACUUGGAUGUGAACCGCACCUACAGGGACCACAUCAUGUUCAUGCAUCGCUACGAUGUCAAGCAGCAGGCUCUCUUCCACGUCCUCACAGCCUACUCCAUGUACAACACGGAGGUGGGCUACUGCCAGGGCAUGAGUCAGAUCACCGCUCUGCUGCUGAUCUACAUGAAUGAGGAGGACGCCUUCUGGGCUCUGGUCAAACUGCUGUCGGGGCAGAGGCAUGCCAUGCACGGGUUCUUCGUCCCCGGCUUCCCGAAGCUGAUGCGUUUCCAGGAGCACCACGACCGAAUCCUCAAGAAGAUGAUGCCCAAACUGAAGCAGCACCUGGACACCCAGGAGGUGUUAACCAGUCUCUACACCAUGAAGUGGUUCUUCCAGUGCUUCCUGGACAGAACUCCCUUCACCCUCACCCUCAGGAUCUGGGACAUCUACAUCUUAGAGGGAGAAAGAGUGCUGCCCACCAUGUCCUACACCAUCCUCAAACUGCACAAGAAGCACCUGAUGAAGCUGUCCAUGGAGGACUUGGUGGAGUUCCUGCAGGUGACUUUGUCCAAAAACUUCUUCUUCGAGGACGACUUUGCGAUCGAGCAGCUGCAGGCGUCCAUGACGGAGCUCAGGAGGGCGAAGCUGGAGCUGCCCGCGCCAGGUAAAGACGAAGAGUUUCCCAAGAAGCCUCUAGGGCAGCUUCCUCCUGAGCUGGCGGUGAACCACGUGGCGAACGGGCAAAGCUACGUCGAGCCAGCCGAGCCUCCCAGGAACCCGAGUCCUGUACCAGACCGCCAGCGGGACAGUCGGCCGCCCAGCCGGUCACGCCGGGACUCGCUGGAGAAAUCGAUCCGCCACCACAAGGUGGACAAGAGGGAUGUCCGCUCCAGGGGAUCGGGGGAGAUCCCCAAUGAGCAGCGAAAGCAGUCCACCUCCACUACACCUGAGAGGGGAGCAACGCCACAUUCGGUGCCCACCCCGACACCGCAGCUCAUUACAGGGGAUAGAGGCAAGAGCCACGCCACCGCCAACCAUAACUCCAACGCGGCCUCCAGCUCUCACAAAGAAAUCACUCCCCGCUGGUUCAAACCCUCCGAGACCAAGCUGGAAGCCGUCAAAGCAGCAGCAGCGCGGGAGGUCCAGGUAAGCAGAGGGGGGACGCCGGCCCCUUCCAGCCCUGUAGACAGCGCACAGCCCCACCAGCGACCACACUCAAAGGAUUUCGUCCCCGAAAUCAACCGCGGCUCCAACGCCUCCCAGUACGACAACGUACCAGGGCUGCAAGAGCAGGAUUUCGAGAUCGUGGAGCUUGAUAGACCUCCGUCCAGUAUGAGGACCCCUCGCAGCGAGACACCCUUCAGCGUAUCGUCCCACCAUCAGAGCAGCCCGAGCCGCGGACCCAGCCACGCCGGGAGCGCCGUCUCCCUCGCAUCAGGGCCCAGGACGGCCAAACACCCUCUUCCUCAUACAUUUAACAGUCCAGGAGGGGUCCAGACCGGCUACCCUGGCGGCCAGUACAACACUCCUCCCCAGCAGCACUCCCCGGGCAGGACUACAACCGAAGUCCCCAUCCUCCACCCUGCUUAUAGCGUGAGCCUGGACCACAGAGGCGAGGACAGACUCUAUACUCCGCCCUCCCGAUUCACCCCACCCUCCAAUGUGGUGUACGGGGAACGAGCGUACGCCACCACCCAGCGCCCGAGCAACAGCCUCUCCCCGGAGAAGGCUCUCAUGAACAACUCCUUCGCCACCUACCGCAGGCAGCCGCCACCUAGCUCCACCCACAACCCCCGUAACGCCAGGCCUCCCCUGGAGCACUCCCUGCAGCUGGAAACCAAAGGGAGGUCCACGCCUAUCUACCUGCAACAACUCACCUCCACCGCACAGGUGUACGCCCCGGUGGACUACAGGUAUGACGGGCAUCGGAGAGGCGAGGCGAACCCGCACUACCUGCCAGAACCUCGGCGGCCUGUAGACGGGCUCCCGUGGGCACCGGAGGAUGAGCUGCCCCUUCCAUCCCCAGGUGGGAUGCCGCGUUCGCCGAGCUUCCAGCAAGCUCAAAUGUCUCCGGUUCAGGAGUUCACGUUUCCCUCCAACCCGGACGGCCUGCUUCACUACAGGACACAGUUCCAGGAGCAGCAGCCUGUCAUAAGGCAACAGCUCCCCCAGCUGUUUGGAGGACCACACUACAGGCACGCACAGGAGGCGUUCGCCAUGCAGGAGUCCAUGCUGCUGUGAUAUAGAAAUGGCAAGACACUGUAAAAAAAGAGGUGUAGUCACUGACACUGUGGUAAAGACGAGCAGUUAGUCCUAGCUUUGUUAGUUUCUGCUCUUUAUGUGUGACCUUCUGACUGUCACACUGCAUCGUAACGUUGCAGGACGCACCAGCCUCUGAAGUUUUUACACUUUAAAAAAGAGUUUAAAAAAAACUGACUGAAGAUUUAAUUUUAUUUUUGGAUGUAAAUCAUUAACGAGAGGUGUCAGUAUAUAUCUUUUAGAGUCUGAUAUGUACAUUGGAUUGUUUUUGUUAAUAUGCUGAGUUGUUAUCAGUAGAAAAUCCUCCUGAAAACUCUGAUUUGUUUUCCAUCUUUAUUUUUUUAUAUGUUACUUCCAGAUAGAUGGAUUUACUCUAUAUGCUUGUGAAUGUUAUUUUUCAAAGAGAAGAAAUAAUAUUAUGUCCAAUGAUAGAAUUAGAGAGUUAAAGUUUUGAUUUCCAUUUUAAUUUCGCAGCUCCUCUACUGUAGAAAGAAGCAGGGUUUGUUGUUUAUUUUGUAGUCUUUCCUUUUCAGUUUCAGCAGUAAUAUUCCUUCCUGAUUAAAUGAUGUGCAAUUAAUUUCUCCUUCAUACAUGAAAUACAGUACGUUGGGUAUGUACUAGGGCUGGGACGAUUCACCUAUCUCCCGAUUCGAUACCAUCGCGAUAUUUGGGUGCUGAUAUUGCCAUUUAUUGCAAUUUUUGUUAACACUAGACCAUGGGCAAAGUUGAGGAAAAUAUCUAAAUUGAUAAAAGUAAAAAUGUUUGAUUUUCACCAUAUAUGUAGUCAGAGAUGUCCUAAAGUCAAAUAUAUCAGUCAUUGUCAGGCAUUAUUUAUUACAUUUUUUCCACCGACCAAAAAAUGAAAGACAUUUCACUCACAAAUUCGUAGUAUUUUCUUUUUAAUUCAUAAGGGACAUGUAAUGUUUUAUACUUCUGGUGAAUAUAUUCCAAUCAAUCCUAAUUCCAUAAAUGUAUUUUGUAUAUACAGUUCCGUUUGUUAACACCUUAUUUGGAAAACUUGACGUAGUCACACGUCUACUUCCUCUAACUUCGCCAAGUCCUUCGCUGGCUCUUCCGACAACAUUAAAAAAAAUCAUGAUACAUAGGCGAAUCGAUUUUUUCCCACCCCUAGUAUUUACACGUAUUUGAAGCCAGUUUGGUUAAAUUCAAACCCUGAUUCUCAAGGAAUAGAGCGCUAUCUUGUGAGGGCUAAUAAUAUAUAAUAUGUUUUGGUGGCUUUAAGCCAUCUGAUUUGCUAUGUAACCAUAGGUAACAUGUUUGUUUUUUUAAUUGCUGUACUGUAGUUACAUCUUGAGCACAUGCAGCUAGAGAUGGAUGUGAACUAGUUUCAGUACAAGUUUGCUUUACUUCAUUAUGUCUUAUUAUUCUCAACACUGUCAUAUCAACUACUGUUCAAGCUGCUGGCACUUCUACUGGAGUCAUCUGGCACACACACACAUGCACACACCACAUGUCACGAAUUUCAACAUUUAAUCAGUCACAUUCCCUGUUAUUAUUAUUAAUAUUAUUAUUAUUAUUAUUCCUCAUACUCUGGUUAUUCUCAAACAGUAUUGCCGUUACUGUUCAUUACAUUCCCUAAGUUAUCUUUGUUUUUUGUUAAAUAACUAAUUGCAGACCAUUCUGAUACUUUGCUUAAUAAAAUGAGGUGGGUGAAAAUUAA